ACACAGAUACCCUGCAUUUGGGGGUGGAGUGGUAGGUGGGGGGAAAGUAGUGGGGCUGAGAGCUGAUGCUACUGCAUAGCAAUAUCUGGCAUUUACACAAGGAGGCCUCUGUCCUGGGCACUGUUCUUAGCUUGACCGGUCCUUAAGUGUGUAUACUACUUACGACAACCCUAUGCUUUGGGUCUUAUCUUAACUCCAUUGUACAGAGAACUGAGCGAGGAGGAAAUGUUCUAGGGAACAUUCCCAGCCAGAUGGCUCUCCGCCAUCCCUUAGGCUAAAAGCAAUAUGGAAAAUUUGGACCGGCCUCAGAGCUUUGGGGCGCCGCCCCCAGUACCCCUUCCCCCGGGACUACUCCGAAACAGGGCUGCAGGCCUGAGGCUACGGACUGCGCAGGCGCGCCUCCGUAUCCUCGCUCUCCACCACCCAGUGCCAGAGCAGCCGCGAAGGGGCUAGGGCCGCGCCAUGGCCCGGGCGCUUUUCGGCUGCUGGUUCCGCGUGGGCGGAGCCCUUCCGGUCAUGCAGGUGGGCCGGACUGUGAUACAGACCUCCAUGAGCCGGACCCAAGUAGCUCUGCUUGGCUUGGGUCUGCUGCUUAUGCUACUACUGUAUGUGGGGCUGCCCAGCUUCCCUGAGCAGACUUCCUGGCUCUGGGGAGACCCCAAUGUCGCAGUCCUGACUGGUCUCACCCCUGGCAACUCCCCCAUCUUUUACCGUGAGGUGCUUCCACUCCACCAGGCACGCAGGGUGGAGGUAGUGCUACUCCAUGGAAAGGCCUUUAACUCCCAGACAUGGGAGCAGCUGGGCACAUUGCAGCUGCUGUCGCAGAGGGGAUACCGGGCUGUGGCCCUUGACCUUCCAGGUUUUGGGAACUCGGCACCUUCAAAGGAGGCACGCACAGAGGCAGGGCGGGUGGAGCUGCUGGAGCAGGUGCUACGGGACCUGGAGGUGCGGAAUGCUGUGUUGGUGAGCCCCUCACUGAGUGGCCACUAUGCCCUGCCCUUCCUGAUGCGAGGCCACCACCAGCUACAUGGAUUUGUGCCCAUCGCACCCACCUCCACCCAGAACUACACUCAGGAGCAAUUCUGGGCUGUGAAGACCCCAACCCUCAUCCUGUAUGGAGAACUGGACCGCAUCCUGGCUCAAGAAUCCCUGCGACAGCUCCGCCAUCUGCCCAACCACUCAGUGGUGAAGCUACGCAAUGCAGGCCAUGCCUGCUACCUCCACAAGCCACAAGACUUUCACCUCAUCCUCCUUGCUUUCCUUGACCGUCUGCCUUGAACUAAUCCACUACUCAGGCAGGCCUGACCAGAGUUUAGAGGGUUUGGACUACCUACCACCCUCCUGCCACCAGGAAGACAGCUCCUGGGAUUAGAGGACAGAGGUCAGAGGUUCAGACCCAGCCAGAACCUCUCAUUUCAUCUCACAAACACAAUUAAAAAAGCAUUUGUCUUGCCU